UGUAUGCACAGACCAAAAUCUCCGAACGCGGUUCCGAUCGGGGUGGGGUUGCGGUAUAUAUCCAACAACAACUUUCGAAAGACAUCACAGUCAUUUUAAAUUCCAUCCCAAAGUGCAGACCCGACGGGAGCCCGGCGUCGUCUGAUAAUGACGAAUAAGGUGCUCGUUUUCGCGAUCCUUGCCAGCGGUUUAACUUUUGCCGAGAGAGCGCCCUACAAACCGAGAGGUUGGCAACCCGAUGGCCAAUCUUUCAAUCCUGCGGUGGCUCGACAAAAAUCCUACUACGGUCCACCGCCUCCUCUGAACAGUUACGGACCCCAAAAUGAAGUUCCGGUUCCGGUUCCCGCGACCGCCGAACCGUCGAUACCUCGACCUCUGACUACAACAACCGAAAAAAGUACGACGACAACCACCCCGAGGAGUAGAGAACCGACCACCCCGUUCGCCGAAGAAGAUGUAGCCACUGGUCCCGCGCUUGCCAUCGCCAAUUCAUUCGCAUUCAACAGACCAAUUUACGUCUACAACAGUUUUCCAUAUUACUCCGGAUACACGGUAUUGAAGUAACGAGUGUAAAAGACCAGAUUAACGGACAAUAAAAAAAGAUGCGUUUUAUUUGGCGCAAAACUAAUUCGAACUCUCGAUGAAUCCAGAAUUUUUUUUUUUACCGUUCGAAGAUAAUUACUCGAGUGAGUUUAACCGACGAGUGGAUACCCGCUGGGGGUAAGUUUACUCGCUGUAGUCACGUACGAACGCGAUGUUUCCAACCGCUUUCUGUCUUAUCGAUCGAAGUAAAAGCUUGAUUUGUGAUCAGAGAUGAAAAGAAAAAAAAAACAAAAGUAUUCAAAUUCUUAUCCUAACUCCGCAAACUCCGGGUGGAAUUCACGGUCAGAUUUACAAUCGUAAGUCUGCAUGUUUUUUAACAUGAGCAACAAAAUUAUAAUGUAAUAGAAUAAAGAGGCGAGAAAUAAA